CAAACGUUACGUAAGCGCGCAGCCACAGAAGGCAUUUAAACACUGAGGCUGCGAAGAUCCAGCUGGAAACUUUUCCUCUGCUGCUGACGCUCCAGAGACCUGUGUGUCUUCACCUUCACGAUCGGCACACAUUUCAUCACCCAGACAUGUCCUCUUUUAACAUCAGCUCGAGCUUUAAAGAGGCAAGGAGAGUAGCUAUUUUCGGAGGAACGCACGGGAACGAGAUGUCAGGCGUGACGCUGGUGAACCUGUGGGUGAAAAACGGCGCCGAGAUCCAGAGGAAAGGGGUCGAGACCAAACCUUUCAUCACCAACCCGAAGGCUGUGGAGAAGUGCACCAGAUAUGUGGACACGGAUCUGAACCGAGCCUUCUCCCCAGAAAACCUCAGUGCCCCUCGAGGAGACAACCAGCCCUAUGAGGUGCAGAGAGCCCAGGAGAUCAACAGGAUAUUUGGGCCCAAAGGAAGCCCAGAUGCCUACGAUGUUAUCUUCGACCUCCACAACACGACGUCCAACAUGGGCUGCACCCUUAUCCUGGAGAGCUCCAAAGACCAGUUCAAUCUGCAGAUGAUGAACUACAUCAAGAAAGCCAUCUCUCCAAGUAGUUGUCUUGUUCUGCUGAAUGAACAUCCUCUUUUGAAAUAUUCCACUUCACGCUCUAUUGCCAAGCACCCUGUUGGUCUGGAAGUGGGUCCCCAGCCUCAAGGUGUUUUGAGGAGCAACAUAUUUGAAGCUAUGAGGGUCAUACUGAAACAUGCACUGGACUUCAUUGAACUGUUUAAUGAAGGCAUGGAGUUUCCUUCUUGUACAGUAGAAGUUUUCCGGGUCUUAGAGAGGAUCGACUACCCAAGAGAUGCCAACGGAAACAUCAUAGCUAUGGUGCAUCCCAAUCUGCAGGACUGUGACUGGGAACCGCUGAACCCUGGUGACCCUAUGUUCCAAACUUUUGAUGGAAAGACCAUCCGGUUCCAAGGCUCAGGCACCGUCUACCCCACUUUUAUUAAUGAGGCGGCCUAUUAUGAAAAACAACAGGCAUUUGUAACCACCAGGCGAGAAAGCUUGGUGGCCAGUUCGAUCAGAAAAGUAUGAAAACUGUUUGUAAAGGCUUCAAGGAUUUUUUUGUUGGCCACAAUAACAAAUCUGUGUAUAGACUUUUCUCACAUAAUAAUGACGAGAUACCAUUUUUUACUCACUGAUUUUUUUUUCUUCUAUGCUUUUACUAUCUCCUAACUAUGCAAAGAACCUUUUUAAGAGGCUUUGCAAAAAAAUCACUGUGAAAGUCUUUGAUUUAAAGGCUGGUAUAUUGCUGUGGUAAGUAUUUAUGAUACUGAUGUUAUUUAAAUAAUAUAUUUACAUUAAAUCAACUAAGUUUUUAUAACCUUAAAUGCCAGGCCUAAUUAUUGAUGGCUUAUAAAUCAUCAUACAACACUCUUUAAGUUUCCUACUACUGCUCAGGACAGCUAUUUUGGAUCAUAACCUGCAACCUUUGACCCAAAACUGUUGUUUGUCCUCUUAUAUAUAUUUGUAACAUCUUUUGAAGGGUGUGUUUGUGGCCUUUGAUACUACCUACCUGUAACUCCAGUGGUUGCAUCUGUGGUGCUGUCCUAGUUUUGCCUUAACAGAGAUUUCAGAAAAACUUGCACAACAAAAAUUUGAAGUGAAAUUUGUAGAAAAUAUGUGUUGGAUAACAUAUUUUGAUACGAAAUGGUCCUGUUCCUCUAAACAAAUGGGAUGCAGUUUCAAACAUGUUUUAUAAUAUAUUUGUGUCUAUUUUGAUAUACUUGUAUUGUAUGUUGACGUGACGAUUAGGAUUCUCGGAGGGCAUAUGUACUUUUAAUAUUUUUUACGUCUUUGUUGUGUCAAUGUGUAUUGCUGUGGUGUUACGGUAAUUCAUUUUCCAAUAAGAAAUAUUUUUGGUAGCACUAUUUAUGUGAUUAGUAACGUUUACUGUCUUCAAGUCCUGUGGAAAUGAUUCAAUCAAUAAAUGUAGUACAAUGCUAAA